UAUAGGUACCAGACGCGAAGCGACGCGACUCGUCUGCCCCCAGUUUAAAGCAAUAAACAGAUUCACUCAGACCAAGAACAAUUUUGUUACCGAAAUAUUUGGAUAUAUCAAUAAUGUAUAGUAUAGACUGAAUAUUUAAAAAUAUCGAGAACUACUCCACAAAAGCACAUUUUAAUACUCAACUGCAGUCUCAAGCUGAGAGUUCUUAUUUUUUGUAAUUUAAUAAUAAAAGUGAACGAAAAAUCCCGCAUAAUUAGGACGCAAACAAUAAAACCUACAAAAUAGAAAAGAUAAAUAUAAUCAACAAACGAAACCCAUACAAACAAAACUGCGAGACGGAGGAAGCUGUGUCAUUGUGUGUCUUGUCCGUGUCUGUGUGUCAAGUGCGGUGUGAGAGACUCAUCAUCAUCAUCAUCAUCGUCAUCCUCUCCGGGUCCGUCUCCGGCUUCGCAGCGUAGCUGUUGUCGUUGUCCGUGUCGUUGUCGUCAUCGUUGGCGUUGUCACAACUCGGUAUAAAUAUUCAUUCUGAGGAAUCUACCUGCGGCAAAGCGGCGCUAAUGAAGCGAACGAAAUGAAAAUGAAAGGACAUAAUUAUGCUUAUGUUUUACGUGUUAAGUGCUUGGCAAGCACGAUUAAGGCGGUUUAUCACCCGCAACAGCGGCAGCAACACAAGCGUCAAGCACGACAUCAGCAGAGGCAACAUCAGCGGCAACAGAGACAACAGCAACUGAAACAGCAACAGCUGCGCCGCCAGCAGCAGCAGGAACAAACGCGUUAGACAUACACCAAUACACAUUGACACGCCCCAAGCAGAGUCACACAGAUACACACUCACACAUAGGCACAUAUACACACACACACGCACAUAUACAUAAUGCUGAAGGCAAUGACAACACCAGCAAUAUUGUCAGCUGAAUUCGUGGCUGCCGCUGCUGCUGCUGCUGCCAUGGAUGAUGAUGUCCCAACGAGCAUUUUGGAAAUAGAACUGCCUGCCAUUUUGUUCAACGAGAGCCUCUUCAUCGAGCUGAAUGGCAAUCUAACCCAGCUAGAGGACACGGCCGCCAAUCUGAGUCAAAUCAUUUGGAAUCGCAGCGAUGCCAGUAGCAGUGGCAGUGGUAACGGCAACGGAAAUGGAAGCCCCACCUUUGGUCUGGACGAGCAGCGGAGGGCUGCCAGCGAGCGGGAGGCGGCCGAGUUCUGGCUGCUAGUCAAGAUGAUCGCCAUGGCCGUGGUGCUGGGCCUGAUGAUACUCGUCACCAUUAUAGGCAAUGUAUUCGUAAUUGCCGCCAUUAUACUGGAGAGAAACCUGCAGAAUGUGGCCAAUUAUUUGGUUGCAUCUCUGGCAGUUGCUGAUUUAUUUGUUGCCUGUCUUGUCAUGCCGCUCGGCGCCGUCUACGAGAUAAGCAAUGGCUGGAUAUUGGGCCCGGAACUUUGUGACAUUUGGACGUCUUGUGACGUACUUUGCUGCACAGCAUCCAUAUUGCAUCUGGUGGCCAUUGCGGCGGACAGAUAUUGGACGGUGACCAACAUUGACUAUAACAAUCUCCGGACCCCGCGGCGUGUCUUCAUGAUGAUAUUCUGCGUCUGGUUUGCCGCUCUGAUUGUGUCCCUGGCACCGCAGUUUGGCUGGAAGGAUCCGGACUACUUGAAGCGCAUCGAGGAGCAGCACUGCAUGGUGUCGCAGGAUGUGGCCUAUCAAAUAUUUGCUACCUGUUGCACCUUCUAUGUGCCGUUGCUGGUGAUUCUAUUUCUGUAUUGGAAAAUCUACAUAAUUGCCAGGAAGCGCAUACAACGUCGCUCGCAAAAGCCCUUCAAUGUGACGUUGACGGAAACGGAUUGCGAUUCGACAGUGCGUGAACUGAAGAAGGAGCGCGGCAAGCGGCGCGUGGCAGGGCGGAAACGUCAGGGGGCUGGCGAGGAAACAUCCGCUGGCGGAACCGAGACGCAGGUGCAGCGGCGCACGCUUAAGCGGAUGCGGAUCUGCUUUGGCCGCAACACGAAUACGGCCGGCAUCUGUGCCGGGUCGGAGGGAGCCGUUGCGCGAUCAAUGGCCGCCAUAGCCGUGGAUUUUGCCAGCCUGGCCAUCACGCGGGAGGAGACAGAGUUUAGCACCAGCAACUACGACAACAAGAGCCAUGCGGGCACAGAGCUGACGACAGUCUCCAGUGACGCCGACGAUUACCGCACCAGCAAUGCUAAUGAAAUCAUCACGCUGUCGCAGCAGGUGGCCCAUGCCACGCAGCAUCAUCAGAUAGCCUCCCAUCUGAAUGCCAUAACGCCGUUGGCCCAGUCCAUUGCAAUGGGCGCCAGCAACGUUAGCACACCCACGGCGGGCACUCGGACGGAGCAGGGCGUAGAAGCAAUGGGCGAAGACAGCAGCCCUGGCAAGGGCGUUGGCGUAGGCAUCGGCAUGGGCACUGUACUAUCCAGCAUUGCCAAUCCACAUCAGAAGCUGGCCAAGCGGCGGCAGCUGCUGGAGGCAAAGCGAGAGCGCAAGGCCGCCCAGACACUGGCCAUCAUAACUGGCGCCUUUGUCAUCUGCUGGCUGCCCUUCUUCGUAAUGGCCCUGACAAUGAGCCUGUGCAAGGAAUGCGACAUCCAUCCGGCCAUUGCAUCGCUAUUCCUCUGGCUGGGUUACUUCAACUCCACCCUGAAUCCGGUCAUUUAUACCAUUUUCAAUCCGGAAUUUCGACGAGCCUUCAAGCGCAUUCUGUUUGGCCGUGGAAAUGCGGCGAGGGCUCGCAGUGCGAAAAUUUGAUUUCAACUGAAGGCCAACGCGGACCAGUAUCUAUGAUUAAGGUGAAACCCCAACAACAACAAAAAGUCUGGCAGAGCCAUACUCGCGCUCUUGGGAGGAAGGAGAGGUCAGUAUCGACAUACUACGGAAUUGGCAGUGUAUUAGA